CUAAAAAUAAAGUCAAGUCAUCUAACCUCGUUAUCCAUGACCCUUUCCAAUGAGUGCAAAAACGCAACUGAAACCAAACGACAGUUUGGCCCUAUUUAUGCUCGUAGUAAAGUGACGUCAUACGCAUGUUUCAAUGAAUGACGUCACACGACUAAGCAAAUCUUCAAUAAUUUACAUAUGAUUUAGCACAAUGUCAAUGAAUGGCGUCAUAUAAUAGUAAACAUUCAAGAUGGCGGAAAAGAGAAAAUACCGCGAAAUACUUGCGAGUUAAUUUAUAACAAAGAUUUCAAUCCGGAAAUAUCAAGACGCGUUGCCGAGAUUGAUUGAUCUCCUUAGAGUUCAUCAACAUCAGAUAUUAACGUGGUCGUAAAUGGCAUUUCAGCGCAAACGGUGUUCGCGUCUGGGAAUCGCUGCGAGCUUUUGUAUCGGAGGAUACGUCUUGAUAGCGGUUACACUAAUAAACAGCACAAUAAACGACUUUACAGAUGAGAUUCACACACACGAUCAACGUUGGCAGAGGGGAAUAGAAAAUCAACAUAGUUUCCAGUUGAAAAACCUACGUCACAACACAUCAGUUGCCGAUGCUGCGCGUGGUGUUCUAAACGAUCCGACAGUUGUACCGGUGUUCUACGAGAAGAAUCGUCCACCAAAUAUAACAGUGCCAAUAAAACACAAGUGUUCGAAGUGGUUUGAAGCGACAUUUGAAGACAACCUCCGCGUCAUUUCUGGCUACCUCAGCAAACACAUGACAACAUUUCCGCCAAUGAACAGGCCAACAAUGGAAAUGAUGUCAUUUCCUGUUAUAGUGACUGCUUGUAGUCACGACUUCUUUCAUGUAAGCGAGGGUCUACUUAAAAGUAUCGACAACCUAAUACUUCCAAAAUACCCGGAUUUGAAAUUAUUCUACUAUGACCUUGGAUUACACGAGCAAGACAUAAAAACGAUUGAAUCUGGUUGCAAAUUUUGCACAGUCAUCAAAUUCGAUUUCCAAAAAUAUCCACAACAUGUUCAACAUUUGAAAUUUUACGCAUGGAAACCAUUGAUUGUGAGGGAAGUCAUGCAAAAUUACAGCUGGGUUUGGUGGAUGGAUUCGUCGGCUCGGAUUCUGCGAAACGAUACGGAACUCGACCGUGCCCUUCAAUAUAGUAAAGAAAACUCUAUCUUGUUUUUCACUUACGGAGAAACUUUAGCGGUUGCUAGACAUACUCACAAAGGGACGAUGUCGAUUCUGGAAGAAGAUUAUUGCAAAUUUCGUUAUUUUGGCGAGAUCGAAGCAAGUUUUGUGCUCUUCCAUUUUGAUAGCGUCAGCAGUUUGGUUGUAGACAAAUGGAGCGCAUGCGCAUCGCUCGAUCAGUGCAUGAAUCCGCGGGAUGCAAAGUUAUCAUGUCAUCACAUUUCGCGACCAAGUGAUGGACAGUGUCAUAGAUAUGACCAAUCAGUGUUGAGUAUUUUAUUACGCAGAUUAUACCACGAUUCGAACGAUUACCCGUUAGUUUCUGUGCCAAUACGAAUUCACGAAUUACGGAGAGGAAGUGUUGAACAUUAUUUUAGUCGUUUAAGUCCCAAAAAACGUGCAGAAAUAUAACUUGUUCCAAACAAAGCUUGUAUCAUUUCUAAUCUGUCGUUUCUACCAGGUGAUGAUGGUAGGUUCAAAUUUUACUGUUAUUGAAUAGUAUUGAAAAUCGUUUUCCAUUUUGUUUAUCUUGGCAUAAAAAAGGGUCUUAUUAAUCAAUCAUUACUGUUUGUAUCCGAGACAUCUGGGAGUAGUCUUCACUAACCAGAUAAAAUUUUCUUCAUAACAAAUUUGUUAUUUUCAAUUGAUUUGAUUAUCACGUCAUUUAUAAAAGUAUCGCGUCAUGUGAAAAUGGUUCAUAUGCCAUAUGCAGACAGUCUGGCCUGGGGCUACCCUGUCAGCUCAUGAACGAACGAAAUCGUGCGUGACUAUUUAGCAGAGAAGUUAGCUCCUUGCCAGACUUUGAGAAUGAUACGAUCAUCGGAUGGUCACAUAUGGUAUAUAUAGCUUAUGUUUACAAGGCCCAAAAUUCACUCAAGGUCACUCUUUGUACUAUAAUUAUGAAUUGAAUAUUUGAUAGAAACGGCGUCAUCACUCUUACUUUAAGCUAUCAACUUGUUAUAUAGUGUG